ACCUGUUUUUAUUGUACCAUGGGUCGUACAGGUGCUGGCAAAUCGAGUUUGACGCUGUCUCUGUUCAGAAUUAUCGAGGCCGCUGGUGGACGCAUUCUCAUUGAUGGCAUUGAUAUUGCAACCUUGGGUUUGCAUAUGCUACGCUCACGACUCACAAUUAUACCUCAAGAUCCAGUACUGUUCUCCGGAACACUGCGUAUAAAUUUAGAUCCAUUCGAAGUAAAGUCGGACGAUGAACUGUGGAAAGCGCUGGAGCUGUCACAUUUGAAAGCGUUUGUGAAAUCAUUACCCGCCGGCUUGAAUCAUGAGAUUAGUGAAGGUGGUGAAAAUUUAUCGGUAGGACAGCGGCAGCUUGUCUGUUUGGCGCGUGCGCUAUUGCGUAAAAGAAAAGUAUUAGUGCUGGAUGAAGCGACAGCCGCUGUUGAUUUAGAAACUGAUGACUUAAUUCAGAAAACAAUUCGUUCAGAAUUCAAAGAUUGCACUGUGCUAACAAUUGCCCACCGUUUGAAUACAAUAGACUCCGAUAAGGUUAUUGUGCUGAAUAAGGGUGAAAUUACUGAAUUCGCUUCGCCCACAGAACUACUUGAUAAUCCGCAAUCGGCAUUCUACAGUAUGGCAAAGGAUGCCAAUCUAGUGUAAUUUUGUAUUAUAAAUGCAUAUAAUUACUUUGGUUUUUCGUUAUGCAGUUUAUGUGCUAAGCUAAGUUAACAUUAUUGAAUGUGUCAGUAUAGUACUUAUUUG